UCAAAAUGUCUCGAGCAAACCAUGUUUACGAGUGUGUUGAAGGCUUUAUGUGCUCGGCCUUUUCCACCUAUGGUCGCUUUGUUGCUCGUCAUCCAUGGAAAGUGCUUGUCCUAUCAGUCGUUGUGAACGGAUUACUUGGCCUUGGAAUGAUUAGACUGAACAUCAAUAUUGAUGCAGAACACGUGUAUCUUCCACAAGGCUCACAAGCCAAAAUGGAUCAGGACUUGAUCAAGAAUACAUUUCCAGACCUAUCUGGACGCAACUACCAAAGCCUUCAUGACAUUUAUUUUGACAGCUUUUGGGCAAGAGUAAUCGUGCGUAGCAAAUCGGGCAAUCUUUUGUCUAGGACCGAACUUGAGGCUUUACGACAGCUGAACUCACUCAUACACAGCAUAAAUAUUACGUCGGAGAAUGGAAGCACAGUAGAGUACUCAGACCUUUGUGCAAGGGCUUAUGGAAGUUGUGCUGUAGAUGGCGCCCUCUUUUGGAGCCCUGAGUUUCUGACCGCUGUUGAUGCUGGGAUAGUUACUUACCCUGCCUUCGUGUCGCAAGUUUUUGGGCCCAUCUACUACGCCUUGCAAGUUGGUGGGUCCCUGGAAUAUGACGCCAGUGGCUUCCUAACUGAAGUGGAAUAUAUUCACCUAAGUUAUAGGCUUCGGUCUGAUACCAACCAGAAGGAUCUUAUUGCUAAAUGGACAGACACAUUCAAAAACCGCCUAUCCAGUUACAGCUCCGACGUUUUAGACAUUGCAUUUGGACAUUUUACGUCUAUGGAUGAAGAACUGCAUAGAAACGUCCUUGGAGAUAUAUUUUGGUUCGCUGUAACCAUAUUUCUGAUGGUUACAUAUGCCUGCAUAGCCACACUGUCUUUUAGGGAUGCAGUGAGUCAGCGAUGUAUGCUUGGUAUCGCGGGAAUCUUGGCAGCCUCUCUCGCCAUUGUUUCGGGGUUUGGCUUUUGCUCGGCCAUUGGUGUGGACUUUGUGAGCAUUGUUGGCGCUGUGCCAUUUCUUGUCGUAGGCAUUGGUAUUGACGACAUGUUCAUUCUUUUGUCUGGCCUGUCGGGUGCUCAAGGAAUUGAUUCCAUUGAAGACAAGAUGGCGGAGACACUUAGAGCGUCAGGAGUUAGUAUCACGAUCACAACACUUACAGACUUCAUUGCCUUUAUGGCAGGUCUCGGGUCCAGUUUCAUUGCUGUCAGAAACUUCUGUCUUUAUACAGGUGUAUCUGUUGUGUUUUGCUACAUCAACAACGUGACUUUCUUCGCGGCUUGUUUGACUUUAAACGAACGCCGACUCAAACAAAAUCGUCACUUUUUGACAUGUCGGCGUAUUGCAACAGGAGCAGAAACACUGGACAGUAAAGAUAAAUCCAAAUGUUUUGCCGUCUGCUGUGUAGGAUCCCCGCCGAAAAACAGAGCAGAAGCCGAAAGCCUCUUAGAUAAAUUUCCACGAUGGUUGUUCCCAAAGAUUGUCUUAAAACUGCCAUUUAAAAUAUUAAUUGUUAUAUUAUUCCUUGGAUAUCUGGCCGUGGGUAUUUAUGGGUGUAUUAAUUUAAAGCAAGGGCUUGUUUUUACGCAACUUGUUCCAACGGAUGGGUAUUUUUACAAAUACACGAACUGGUUAGAAAUCCAUUUUUCCCGGCAGACUCCGGUAUCUUUCGUGGCGAACAAGGCGUACAAUUACAGUGACUCCAGUACAAAAACACUCAUUGACCAUCUUAUAAAUUCAACAACAAGUCACGACUACUUUGAUGAAAGAUUUGAAUUGAACUGGUUAAAUAUGUACUUAUCAAGCAGCUACCAUGACGUAUCAAAUGAAACUAAUUUUAUCAGUGGACUUAGAACUUUUUUCAAUGACAUAAGGUACGCCAGAUUUGAAAAUGAUGUGGUUAUUGAUUCGAGCGGAACACAAAUCGUUGCUUCAAGAUUUUAUGUGUUAUCAAGACCGUUAAAAGACAGCCAAGAAGAAGGAAAAAUGAUGUUAAAAGCGCGGGAAAUCGCCGAAGAUGCUGAACUCAGCUGUUUUGCAUUUUCUCCGUAUUUUGAUGUAUUCGAGCAGUAUGUGAGUGUUCUCAAACAGACGAUGCAAUCUGUGGGAAUAGCAUUAGCGGCAGUGUUUGUAGUGACGUGUAUUUUGAUGCCCCAACCACUGUUGAUAAUAUUUGUGACCGUCGCUGUGGCAAUGAUAAUGUCAGGUGUGUUUGGUUAUAUGUUGUAUAUCGAUGUAUCGCUCAGCGCAAUAACCAUGGUGCAGCUGAUAAUGUGUAUAGGGUUCUCUGUAGACUUUACUGCCCAUAUCUGCCAUGGGUACAUAACUUCAAAAAGCGAGAACAGAGAUGAAAGAGUGAGACUUGCCAUUGACAAAACCGGUGCUCCAAUUUUUCAUGGUGCUGUUUCAUCUUUGGUAGGGGUUGUUGUCCUUUUUGGUGCCAACUCGUACAUAUUUAGAACCUUCGCUGCUGUAAUGUCUUUCGUUUUGUUGUUCGGAAUUGCGCAUGCGUUGCUGUUACUGUUAGUGGUAUUGUCGUGGAUAGGACCAAAACAAGUGGUUGAAGAACACCCACUUUCGAAUCCAAACUCAGUAAACCAUGAGGUAUAUGAACUUGUAUCCCAAAUUUAGUUCAUUGUACGAUUUUCUUCCGUUCAUGGUCGGAAACAGGCGACUAAUCAGUUAAGUUACACUCACUUUAUUGAGACUUGAAUGGAGUGGUUCACAAAUAUGUAGCCGUCGAUGGUUUUUGUUAAAAAUUGGUAAGAUUUUUUUCAACCGAAGUUGUUUGUUUAUUUUUAUUUCAAUGCGAUUCUUUUGUAAUUGUUUUGUGUAAAAAGCACACAGAAUGAAAACAAAAACUUACAACGACGAGAAGGUAUUUUCGACGCACUUCUCUUGACACUUUAUCAUACUUGUUUUAUUCAGAGGAAUCCAAAUUCUGACACAACGGCAGCCACUCGAUAUAUAUAAUAUUAUGUUAGUGAUAGUGAUAUGAGUGUGUUAUACUGUGUGAAAUGUUUAUGUGAAGCAUGUAUGCCAUUGUUUUGUGAUUGUUAAAUUAGUUAUAUUUGUUCUUUAAAGUACCUGUUUUACUCGGGUGGAAUGGCAACCUUGACACAAAGGCAGUACUCGACACUUUGUGCUAUAAGUGGAAAUUAAGGAUAAAUUUUUUCUAUUUUGCAAGAUGCUUUAAAAUGCUAAGCAUAUUGUUAUCGUUAUUAUUUGAGAAGGAAAACGCCGUCUGAUCUGGUCUGUUUUGUCAUGCAAUAGGGGCGUACUUUCAUGUGUAAAGCAUAUGCCAAGCCUUCGUAUGUCAUUGUUGUGUGUGAUUGUUUUGUUUAUUUGCUUUAGUACCUGUUGAUUGGAAAUCUUAAUAUAAUGACAUAAUGGCAUUUAUUGACUUUUAUUAUUUCAACUUAGUAAUAUUUAGUUGGGCUGUGUUAUAUAUUUAGUUUGGGUACUUUAUAUAUUCCAAGAAUACUUAUGUCGUUUUUAUAAGUGCUUGAAUUAGUUAUGUUAUCUGUUUUACAAAGACGAAUGGCAAUUUUGGCGUUUAACCAUGGCAAUUACUCGACAUGUUAUAUUGGAAAUAAUAGGAGUGCGCUUUGUUUUGUGAAAUGUGUUCUAUGCUUAAAGUAAAUAUAUAUGUUAUUAUAGUUUUUAUAUGUUAGGUAUAUAGUCAUAGCCUUGUAGUGCCAAAAGUUUAACUUUCACCAUAACUAAAAAACACAUUCAAUCUAAAUGAAAUGAAACUUAGUACACAUGUUGCCAAAGAAAAUACACACUAGUACAGAAAGGCACUUAACUCUGAAUGUGGUAAUCAUCAAAUUAUGCCCUUUGAUUGGCUGAAAAAGACUAGCGUUGGCGUUCGCUCCACUGCGCCUUUGUCAAAACCAAUCAUUAUACAUGAAGCAGUAUUGAAUUAACCUCCGUGAACUGCAUAUAUACCUGUACUCACAGUUUGCUUUUGAUUACCUUAGUCUUCUACUAUCAUAGGCUUCCAUGUUGUUGAAUUGAAGAACUGGCGAUACUUAAACAAUACCAUCAUAUAGUUCCAAUACUGUAAUAAUGUAAUAUAAUAUUUUGACCAUUUGUAAAGAAAUAUGCUGUACCAUUACACGAAUUGUACCAGAAAAUUAUAUAUAUUAAUAUUUAAUACCGCCAAGGGACAUAACUCGAGUUAUACUAUUUUAGGAGUUCUGAAACCUCUCUAGAUGUAUACUUUUGCAUGGAUGUCUUACGACUGGUUUUGCGUCCUUUUGAUUGGCAGCAUUAUAAUAUAAAUGAUAAGUUUCAGAAUUCUUAUUACGGUAUAAUUUGGCUGAUUGCUCUUGGCGUAUCAAUAGGUAAAACAUAUUUUCCUUUUUCAAUCUUUGUAAGAGAGACAACAUUUUUAGUCAGCUACCUUGAUACCAAAUUUUACCAAACUGAUUUUUUUGGGAAACCAACAUAUUUCUUUGCGAUUUUUCGCGAAUUUUAAGUAUUAUAUAUCAUGUUUCGGUAUGUCAUGCUUUUAUUUUGUAUAAAGACAAGUUUCGGUAGAAUAGGCUUGAGAUUAUUUCUGCACCAUCUACCAAGUUGCUCACGUUGUUCAGUAGGUUUGUGUUCAAAUAUUACUUGUUGUAUUGUUAGUUUGUUUUUACCUUUUAUCCCGGUGCAUAUUGUAUUUUUAAACAUAAAUAUUGUAAUCAUAGAUAUUGUAUUUCAGAACAUAGAUAUUUUAUUUAAAAUAAAUAGAUACUGUAUUUCAGAACUUGGUCAGUUUCUUAACUUAAAAUAAAACAAUCAGCUGAUUUGAUCAAAAUCUUUAUCUAGUAUAUAUUAAUUUGUAUAAGUUCAUGCUAUAAAUGUGAAG